AUGUGUAAGAACAAGAGGUGGACAUGUUGUAAAAAGUUCCAGGACCGGAAAAUAUUGAAACAAAACUCAGAAACAGAAACAGAUGUAGCUGGCCAAGGGAAAAGACGAAGAGUUAGAACGAGAGGAGGUUCUGCAUCUUCUAUCAAUCACCAGUUAAGAACUGGUCGUGACUUGUGCCAAAUACAUAGUGUACAAGUGCCUAUUGAGGAGGAGCUUUUGGCAAUAUUAAAUGAUAAUGAUGAGCGAGAAAAUUGCGCAAGGGCCCACUUUCAGGCGCAAGAACUUUCAGAUAAACAACGUCUGGACAUACUUGAAGCUUCUGAUGACAAUUUCGAUGAUGACGUUUUUGAUGAAAAUUUUCUUAACAAUUUUGAUGAUUCUGAUUCAGAUGAUGAUAAUAUGAUAUCAACUGAAACCUUCGCACCUUUAACUAGUGAUGGUGAGUGUUUAAAUUAG